UAGAUGGUGUGUGGUGCACCAGCCGUUCCGCUGACACCCAAUCCAAGUCCUGUACUGUACGUAUGCCGCGAUUUACAUUUUUUCAAUUUCUCCUCGACAGAGAGGAUGAAUGAUUUCCAUUAGACAGUCGCGACGGACACUUGCUUCACCCGGCUGUCGGAGAUGGGAAGAACUAUCGUGAGCCUGGGCUCAUCCGCAGCCUUAUCCUUCACUCUUCCACCGCACCGCCACCGCCUCCUCCUCUUGUCUAAGCCUAGACCCCUCCCUCGAUACUUCAACCUCCCUCUCCCCUCCCCAGCUUUCCUAAAUCCAAAGCUAUCCUGCGCACCUACCGUGCUUCGAGCGCCCCAGUGCGCACUUCACUCCCACAUCGACCGCAGCGCAUUUUUACAGGAUGCGGGUGCCACGGCUCUUGUCACGGCCGGCGCUUACAUGCUUGUCCUCGCUUUCGAUCUUCUCACCAAGCGCAAUCUAGUCGAACAGAAGCUGAGCAGGAAGCUGGUGCAUGUAUUAUCAGGGCUUCUCUUCAUGGCUUCUUGGCCACUUUUCAGCACCUCUACAGAGGCACGCUAUUUUGCAGCUGUGGUCCCCCUCCUGAAUUGCUUAAGGCUUCUUGUUUAUGGUCUCUCGAUUGCCACUGAUGAGGGUCUGGUGAAAUCUGUCACACGGGAUGGGAAGCCUGAGGAAUUGCUUCGCGGUCCACUGUAUUAUGUUCUGGUGUUGAUGUUGUGUGCUCUAGUAUUCUGGCGCGAGUCUCCCAUUGGAGUGAUCCCCUUGGGUAUAAUGAGUGGUGGGGAUGGAUUUGCUGAUAUCAUGGGGAGAAGGUUUGGGGCACUAAAACUUCCUUACAAUCAACAGAAGAGUUGGAUCGGAAGCAUUUGCAUGUGUUUAUUCGGUUUUGCUGUUUCCAUUGGGAUGCUCUACUACUUUGCGAGUCUGGGAUAUCUGCGGUUGGAUUGGGUUUCGACUGUGGAAAAAGUAGCCCUUAUUUCGUUUGUGGCUACAUUGGUGGAAUCGCUUCCAAUUACAGAGGUUGUGGAUGAUAACAUAUCGGUUCCUUUAACGAGCAUGCUGAUGGCCUUCCUGUUUUUCGGAUAUGGGCCGCCACAUUGAGCUUUGCCUCAGUGAUAUUUUUGCUUAUUCCUUCAUAGCUGUUUGGGAGACAGAGCACCUCCCGCGAUGCCAACAGAUGUUACUCUUGUUAUUGAAUCUGCUUAAACUAUGCUCAGUGGCAAAAAUGGUCGUGUCUCUUCUUUCAACCAUUGCUGGAAAGGUCGUAGAGUAAUUUAAAUGUAAAAUCAUAAAUUCUCUACUCUUCAUGAAAUCCUCUGAUUGCAGCAGCACAUGAGAAUAAAUGCACAUUGUUGGUUUUCUGUA